AUGAUGGGAACUCAUGGACUCACUUUUGCUGCUAUUGGAGGAGUUUACAUUGGUGUUGAACAGGUGGUUCAGAGUUAUAGGGGCAAGAGAGACUUUUUCAAUGGUGCUAUUGGUGGUUUUGUUGCUGGUGCUUCUGUGCUUGGAUAUAGAGCAAGGAGCAUCCCAACAGCGAUAGCUGCGGGUGCAACUCUAGCUGUUACCUCUGCUUUGAUUGACUCUGGAGGCCAGACCACGAGAGUGGACAACGGCAGAGAGUAUUAUCCUUACACUCCCGUCGAGAAAACAGCUAAAGCUGAUGCUUGA